CCGAGCGGCGAGCCAAAGCCAAUUUUCUCAUCUUGAAUUUUCGCUAGAGUUCGCCGGCAUCUCUGUUCGAAUAUUCUAGAUCUUUGUUUGAUUUAUAUUUCAACGUUAAUUGCGUAUUUUUGUCUAUUCGAAGACAAAAAUUAGCUGUGAGAAGAUGGCUGGUGCAGUAAAGCGACUAAUUCCUCUUUUGGACCGAGUUCUUAUUAAAAGGGCUGAGGCAGUUACGAAAACCGCUGGUGGUAUUGUCAUACCAGAGAAGGCGCAAUCUAAAGUUCUUCACGGUGAAGUAGUUGCUGUUGGAGCCGGAGCUAGAAAAGAAAAUGGUGAAUUCGUGCCAGUGCUAGUCAAAGUUGGUGACAAAGUCUUGCUACCGGAGUACGGCGGUACCAAAGUAUCGCUCGAAAACGACGAGAAGGAAUACCACCUAUUUAGAGAAUCUGAUAUUUUGGCCAAAAUUGAAAAUUGAUUUUAGUUAGUUUAGUUAUGCGGUUCGAAUUAUAUUUGGUUAGACAAAAAACAUUGUAGUGUAUGUGUGCUGCGGUUGUGUAAUAUGUUCAAUUCUGUGGAAAUGUUAUCUUUGCAUUUAUUAUAAUAUUGUUAUAGA